CCAAGCUGGAUCGAGGGACUUAUCUUUCUGGCCCGGGAAGUUAGUAGACCAGGUGGUGUUCCAGCCAAAGGAACAUCACAAGGUCGAGAGGAUGCUGCUCCCCUCGCCUCAUAUCCUGCCAUUGUACAGUCGAUCUUGGUCAGAUUCUUCACAGGGUUAUUGGCCGGCAGUGAAGAAGUCCUCAAAGCAAAGGGCAAGAAAGAAACGGGUGGCAAGAAACUUUCUUCCAAUGGAAAAUCGAGCUCCUGGUUCGCUUCUUUCUUCCGUGCCAUCGCCAGUUGGUCAUAUUUGGAUGUGGUUUCUUCAGACCCCGGUUCUGUUGUGUGGAAAGGCCUAGGCGUUCCUUUACCGGAACUCCUGGUUGGGCAUCUUCUAGGCUGCUUGAAACUCCUGGCCGACAAUCUUUCCAGACGUCGUCAGUCGGUUUUGGUGGAAUGGUGGCUGAAACCCUUGGUUUUCCGAGCAGUAUGUCAGGCUUGGAACAAACCUCAAAGAUCUGUGUACCACAGCUCUGGAUACUCAGUUGCCAACCUAUGUCUCUCCAGUCCUCGAUCUACAGGAUAUGGUGAAACGAAAUGGCUCAAAUGGAGGGAAUGGAAUGUUUUCACAGGAGCACUGGAUGAGAAGAUGCAUUUUGUAUUCGACUUUCAAAUGACAUUAAAUAUAAGGAGAGUAGAUGUGGUGCUGGGGUAUGGUUUAGGCUGCAGUACAUCAGUCGCACUGGUAGGGACAGACAGUACAGUUUUCAGAUCAGCAGCACUGCUCUGUCCGGCCGAACACACGCCACUAAAACCUGUUAAAGGAAAGUUACAGUUUCAGAACGCUGUAAGGUUGACUAAUCUUUGGGAGUCUCUACAAGCUCGUCCAUUUGUUUGGCUGUAUAUGAUAUUGAUGAGGGGUUCCUAUGGGUAUUCAGGCUAUACUACCAUGCAGGUGAUCAACACAGCGCGGACCAUAGCAGGAAGUCGCUACAAAACUCUACAGACUUUCAUGCUGAGAAUCCAAAUGAAGGAUACACCAUGUCGUGUAGUGUAUCAUAGCGUAGACGAUAGCAAAAUACCCUCAAACAUAUCAAAAAUGUAUGCAGAACUACUAGGCAUUACAUCCGAUGACUUCAUAGUAUAUAAUGAGGACAAGAAAAUAUCAAAUCAAGGUAAUGCAAAUUUCUCCAAAGGGAUAAGGAUAGAGGCUGAAACUCCAGUACUUUUAGAGACAUAUUCAAAACCAAUAGCUGGUAUGGUCCGAGAUCUCAUUAACACAUUAAAAAUUCCAAAAUAAAGUUUUUUGAAAAAAAUGUUUUUAAUAAGUGAUAUUUCUCAUUAAAUUCAUCUCUGUUUAAAGUGAAGGUAACAUAGGAAUAAAGAUGGCUGGUAAUUUUCAGAAAUGUUAAGUCUUCCGUUAGAGUAAAUUGUGACGGAACCUGAAGUUAAUGCCAACAGAUUCAGGGGAACAGUAGCUGGGACAAUGAAUUCUGUUGAAGGAAAUCUCCAAACUGUUGAAAAUUAAUGGUUUGAUAUACUAGAUGGUCCAUGGUGCUGCCCAGAUACCAUGAUGCUUCUGAAGAUGCUAGACGAAACUCGAAUUGGAAGUUUUAAAAAUUUCCUGCCAAGUUUUUCCAUAAAUAGAUUCUUUUUGCUUUCAUUUUAUGCUUUGGUUACAUGUCAACAGAGUACAUGUAUCUGCAUAGAACACAUCUAGGCAUGCCAGCUUCAUCAAUGCAUUUCAACAGGUAGGGGUGCCCAAAAUGGAACGCCACUCAUCAUUCUGUUCUUUUAUAGAAAUAACUGACAUGACCUUGAUAUUUUCUUUAUUUUAUCAAAAAAAGGUCACCAAGUUUCUCAUUAAUCUCAGUCCUUUAUAUAUCAAAAAUGUUCAUUUCAGCAACACUUUUCAUUGUUUUGAAACAUGAAACAAUAUUUGUUGUGUUACAUAGCAUCAUUUCCUGGAAUUUUUUCAUAAUUUCAGUUUUUAAAAUUUCAGAUAGAGAUAAUAAAAAGCAUAGAAAACAUGGCCUGUUAAAAAUUGACUUAAUGAUUUAUGAAUACCUUAUCACUUGUAUUGAAAAAUCAAAAUUCUGCAUUAAAUACUUGAGAAGUGUUCUAUUUUGGCUAGCAUCACGUUAUAAUAUAUUGGAUACAAAUGAAUUUUACAUCUAACCUUUUAAGAAAUGGCUACCACAGUGUAUUUCCAUCAGGUGUGACAGAAAUGGUAUAUCUUUAUGGAAAAGAUAAAUUUUAUUUUAAAUUUAGAAAUUGUCUGUUUCGUCUGCUGUUGUUAGUGUUCGGUACAGAAUACACAGAGUUUGGUUGUAAACUUUAUAUAUUUUUACUGUAAUUAAAACUGUAUUCUACAGAAGUUUAUGUUUUAGUGCCAAAGAUUUCAAACUACUUAUAUAUUUACAUAGAGGAUAUAUGAUGGGUUUCCUGUGUAAUAUAUAAAUUUCACCAAUAUUUUUCAUGUGUCCCUGAGAAAUAGGUAUGAUGUUCAAUGUUAAUUGUCAUUGUAUAACAUUUUAUAAGGAAAUAAUAAAGCUGGAUGAAAAGGAACAGGACACCUUA